CAUUAUUAUCUGUCAAGAAAAAAUUAAGUAAAUUACACGUAGCUUAGUGACAUGUAAUAUUAAAAAUUUUGUAUUUACGGUUUUGUUUUUUACCAUAAAAGUAUACGUCAAUAAAUAUAAAGUACUUGCAAUUGCUACAAUGACUGAACAAGAAUUAAUUAUUAAUUAUAAUUAAUUUUAUGUUUAUUAUUUUACUAACCAACUGCUGUCACUUAAAUAAAUAUCAGUUGACAUAAAUUUAAAUAAUAUAUUUUUUUUAAAUACUAAAAAAAAUUUUUAUUAAUUUUCAAUAUUGCCAGUGGUUGUUAUUUUAAAAAUAAUUAAAAGCUAGAGUUUGAAAAUUUUAUAAAUUUUUACUCUAUAAUUAUAUUGGCAAUACAUUUAAUUAGUGAUAAAUGUUUAAAAAAAUAAGAAAGAAAUCUAUAUAAUUUGUUAUAAAAAAUAUUUUUAAUAAAAAUGGAUCCGAUGUCAUCAACAAAUGAAAUUGGAAUGCAAGACACUAAAUUGGAUAUGUAUGAUGAUAUAUCAUAUAAUAUUGAUCCUCAAAAUGUUGAAGGGGAAAUGACUGUAGGAAGUACAAGACAAAAAGCUAAUCUUGGAGAACCAGAAUUUAAUACUUUAGAUGAACCUAUUAAAGAUACUAUCCUAAGGGAUCUCAGAACAGUUGGUAGUAAAUUUUAUCACGUUAUUUAUCCAAAAGAAAAGUCGAGUCUACUUAAAGAAUGGGAUCUUUGGGGCCCGUUAGUGUUAUGUACAUUUAUGGCGAUGAUAUUGCAAGGCUCUGCCGACGGCACAAAUUCAAACGAUGGUGGACCAGAGUUCGCAGAAGUAUUUGUAAUUGUAUGGAUCGGAUCAAUGAUCGUCACAUUAAAUUCUAAAUUAUUAGGAGGAAAUAUAUCAUUUUUCCAAAGUGUUUGUGUCUUGGGUUAUUGUUUAUUACCAACAACAAUAGCUCUGAUUGUAUGUAAAAUUAUUCUUCUAUUUGAACAAACAACUUAUUUAUUUAUCAUACGUUUUAUUGUUGUAAUUAUUGGAUUUUGUUGGGCCACUUAUGCCUCGACAGCUUUUCUCGGUGACAGUCAACCACCCAAUCGAAAACUUCUUGCAGUUUAUCCUAUUUUUUUGUUUUACUUUAUUAUUUCGUGGUUAAUCAUAUCUCAUUCCGCAUAAAUUUAAUUCUCAGUCUCUUCCGAGAUUAAUAUAUGCACAAAUAAAUAAUUAAAUUAUCAAAUUCAAAGACAAAAAUCCAGCAUUUAAUCUACGAAAAAGGUAUUGAUUUUUUUUUUAUUAUUAUUAAGCUGAAAUAAAACAUUCUAAUUCAUGAUAUUGGUACUCGAGUGCCAAUCAUUUGAUAUUUAAAAGUAACAACGCCAUUAUUUUUAAGUUAAUAGAAAAAUUUUACAAGAUUAAUAAUAAUAAUAAUUGAUUUAAAUGUAAACUUUGAUAUAUUUCAUUAACUUUAUCAUGUGAUGUAAAUUGUAUAUAAUAAUAAUAAUAAUUAAUUAUAAAAAAUA